GACACGCCGCCGCCGAGCUGCCAGUGCCAAACGCCAUUAUUUCUUUUUCUUCUCGAAUAGAAGUCGCCAUUUUGCUACUGGUGGUCAUUAAUUUGUGCGCAGAAAGAUUUCAUUGUGAAAAGCUGUUGUUUUUGUUCAGUUACUAAUUCUUUUUUUGUGCGUUCUUCAGUGAGUAAUAGAAACUAAAAUGCCGGGCGCCGGUACUUUCAAAAUCUUCGUCGGGAACCUUUCGGAUAAAACUACAGAUGCCGAUCUCAGACCGCUAUUCGAAAAGUACGGUACCGUCGUAGAAUGCGAUAUCGUCAGAAAUUACGGUUUCGUGCACAUGGAAAACGAACAAGUCGGCCGCGAAGCCAUUCAGAACCUUAACGGCGAGCUAGUUCAUGGUCAAGCUAUUAAAAUAGAGGCGGCGAAGAGCCGAAAGGCGCCGUCGACGCCGACCACGAAAAUAUUCGUCGGUAACCUGACGGACAAGACGCGCGCGCCGGAGGUCCGUGAGCUGUUUCAGAAGUUCGGGACGGUCGUCGAGUGCGAUAUCGUGCGUAACUACGGGUUCGUGCACCUGGACGCGAGCGGCGACGUGAAUGACGCCAUCAAAGAGUUGAACGGCAUGAUGGUGGACGGGCAACCCAUGAAGGUGCAGAUGUCCACGAGUCGCGUUCGCCAGCGGCCUGGCAUGGGCGACCCCGAGCAGUGCUACCGCUGCGGCCGCGGUGGUCACUGGUCCAAGGAGUGCCCGAAGGCGCUGGGCCCUGACCGCAACGGCUUCCGCGAUCGCGCGUUCGGCCGCGACCCCUACCCUCCGCCGCCGCCACCGCCCUUCCUUCGCGAUCGCAUGAUGGGAGGAUUCGGGGACCCGUACGAUGGAUACUAUGACCGGGCUCGGUUCGAUUCCCCAAGAGACCUGUUCGAGCGACGCUACCCAGUGGGCGGCUCCCGCGGUAUGGACAUGGGGCCGUCGCGGGGCGCACGCGGGGAGUUUGCAUCGCCGCCGCUGCGCCGCGAGCCGAUGCCGCCGAUGCCGAGCCUGCCCCCCAUGAGGAGCGCCAUGGGAUCCAUGAGGUCGUCGUAUGAUGCUAUGUUCAGCCGCAGGAGCCCCCCACGCGGACCCCAGAUGUCCCGGGGGAUGUACGAAGAUUUCAGCCGUGACACAUUUGAUGACAGAAGGCCGGGCAUGCGCGGACCAUCGCCGUCUCGAAGAUACGCGCCUUACUAGUGAAGAAAGAAGAUAGAAUAGUUAUCUAAUGCUCACGUUACAAACUGUCAAUCGUAUGUUUUUGUUUUAACUGGAGCAACCUUUGGUUUUAUACAAGCGUUUAAUUAUAGCAAGGGUGAAGAGUGACUGACAAUGGUAUUUCCAUAGCUAUAGUUGUAUGAUUGAAGAGAAUGAAUUGUGAUGGAAUGUAAAUAAGUGAAAUAAAUCUCAAUUUAAGUACA